AUGAGCAACAUCAACAUAGUGCUGUAUGUGCAAGAGGAUUGUAAAGGAGAUCAUGUGACUCUGACAUCUGAUGUUCCUGACUUGACAGUGAAGCAGUUUAUGAAAAAAGCGUUGUCUCUCAAAGUAUUUGGGGACCCCUGGAUUGUGUUUACCCAGAUUAAUUAUAAGGGUGAUUACACAGUCUAUAGAGAAGGAGAACACAAUGACAUCAAGUCUAUGAGCUCUAACAUUGCCUCCCUUAGAGUAAUCCCAAAGGGUCUGCAGAGCCCUUCUAUUACGGUGUAUGAAAAUGUCAAGUAUGAUGGCAGGCAUGUAGAAGUAACAUCUCCUCUGAGUCAACUAUUUAAUGAAAAUGGGAGUCCAUCUUUCAAAGUGCAACAAGGAGCUUGGAUCCUGUAUGGUGAAGAAAAUUACAGUGGAAAUCCAACAUUUGUUCUUUCUGGUGAUGAAGAGCCUGGUUACUGGAACAACACAAUGAAAUCUCUGAAGCCAAUUUCUCAGUCUGAAUAA